CACUUACAAGCGUGCUCAGAAACCUGGGAAGCAGGAGUAGGCGCUGCUACUCUGAUGCUCGUUCGUGUGACGUCGCACCCACAGUAACCGGUCGGCAAGAACCGACCUGCAUGAACCCUGCUAAUAUCCUUUUUCGUUCUCAUCUCAUCGCAACGAGUGUUCGGUUUUUGUUUGUAAACCCUUGUGCGGUGCCCUUGGUCAGGUUAUUUAGCUGGUACGGUUUGAUAUGAUGCCAUGAAUAUAUUGGUAGACGCAGGCUCUGGUGCAAGCGCUCUUGUCACGACGCCCCAUGCUGUAUGCUCGGCCGCUGGUGGAUGGACGACCUUAGAUGAGCGCUGCACUCAUGUUCUGCUGAUGUGCAACAAUUAAUACUAGGCAUCCAGCUGAAGGGAGUUGCUCCUGAUUACACAUAACUAGCCGCCCUGCUCGGUCGUGGCUCAGGCACCUGAUGCCUCCUUCCUGGCUUGAGAGGUAAAUUUCAAUAACUCACACACUAGCUUAUACAAAGCCCUAGCCUACCACUCGGCCUGCUGUCGUCGGCUGAGGGCGGAGUCACUCCUCCGCGCGUUGCCGAUGGCGUGGCGCGCCCGGUGCACGCGCAUUCCCGCAUGCGCGGUGGUAGUGUUGUUUGUUGCGACGACGGUAUGGGUGACCAAUGGCGUGCUCGCGGCGCCGGACGAUGAGCGGCGGGACAACCAUGCAGACAGCGCGAUGAUGAGCCAUCGCGUUGGCCGUGGGCUGGCACAGGACUCGAGCUUCGUGUUCAAGCCGCCGUCACCCGCGCCAACACCGCCAAGUCCGCCGUCGCCCCCGCCGGCGCCACCAAGCCCCGUCCCGCCCUCUCCGCCCCCCCCUUCACCUCAGCCCCCAUCUCCAAAGCCGCCAUCACCACCACCUCCGCCGUCCCCAUCCCCGCCGUCCCCUCGACCCCCGCUUCCGCCCUCUCCAUCCCCGCCGUCCCCUCGACCCCCGCUUCCGCCCUCGCCUGAGCCGCCGUCGCCUAAGCCUCCUUCGCCCCCUCCACCCUCGCCCAAGCCGCCUUCGCCACCUCCACCAAGCCCCAAUCCCCCUUCACCGCCAAGGCCUCCAGGCCUGCCGCUCCCACCGUCGCCGCCCCCAAGUCCGCCCUUGCCUCCGAGGCCCCCUCCCAGCCCGCCCCGUCCGCCGCCCAACCCACCCUCACCCCGCCCGCCCAGCCCCAGUCCUCCAUCACCCCGACCUCCGAGCCCUAAGCCACCGUCACCACCGAGCCCUCGCCCUCCGAGCCCCAGCCCGCCUUCGCCCAAGCCUCCCACGCCGCCAACCCCGCCGGUGCCGCCCUCCCCAAAGCCCCCAGUGCCGCCUGCUCCUCCCCCGCCCCCUGCUCCUCCGCGGCCCCCGCGGCCCCCAUCACCUCCCUCGCCGCCGCCAAGCCCGUCUCCGCCGCGCCCCCCUCCAGGCCCUCCGCGCCCGUCUGCCAAUGCCCGCAGCGGGGACGGCAAGGGAGGCUUUGUGUUUUUCUCUACGGAUGACGCCGAUGAUAACGGCCACUGUGAGGGCCUGGGCUGCGGCCGGCUGUACGCCAACGUGUUCACUCUGGCGGUGGAGCUGGCGCCGGCAGACGCCCGUGGCAUUCUGGCGGUCGGCGACUUCUCCUACGGCACACCCGCCAAGUCGUCGCUGGAGUCGUGGGUGACUGCCGCGCAGUACCCCAUCGAGCUGAUCGACGUGGUCCGCACGCCCGCCCAGCUCCUGGCCGCCAACCUGACCAGCUACAAGGUGCUGUACGUGCCCUCAAACAUCUACAACACGGCGGGCGGCGUGGAUGUGGACCUGAACGACGCGCUCAUCAGCAUCAAGGACACCAUAAAAAACUUCGUCAACGUGCGCAUGGGCUCUCUUGUCGUGCUGGCGCAGGCGGGCUUCGGCAUCUACGACAACUCGCUCGCCUACGGCUUCCUACCGGUGCCUCUCAACUUCACUGCGCUGGAUUUCUUUGACGUGGAGGUUACCCCGGACAUGCUUGAGAUCAGCCCCGAAACCAACGGAGACAACUCGGACCAUUCCUUCUGGCACGGCUACUGGACGGACCCUAUCGACUGGAACGGACUGCGUGUGCUUGCCUACCAGGCCCGCAUGUGCCCGGUGGCCUACGGCGCGCUUCAGAAGUGCCGCGCCUCCGUGCUGUGCAACCGCAACACCAUCCUGACCGCCGAGAACUGCGAGAAUGGGAUUGACGAUGACUUGGAUGGCCUCAUCGACAAGAACGACCCCGACUGCUGGCGCUGCGGAGACGGCGUCGUGGACCCAGACGAGGAGUGCGAUGACCGCAACGUGCUGAACGGCGACGGCUGCUCCUCCACCUGCAAGUUCCAAGACCUCCCGCCGCCCUCCGCCCAGCCCUCGCCGCCGCCCGCGCCACCGAAGAACAGCGACGCCAUUGACUAUUGCGUGCGGUCCGGCAGCCCAAGCUGCGCCAACUGCGGCGGCAAGUGCGUAACGAUCGACAACUUUGCCAACGACGGGACCAUCUGUAAACUGCCCGAGUACCUGGGAGGUGCCGUUCCCAACAACGAGGUGUGCAUGAACGACAAGAACUUUGUGGCUUUCAAGACUCUUAUCGUCUACUCCAGCGUUGACCCCACACUGAUCGUGGGCUCCGCCACGCUGUUCCGCACACCCGACGGCACACUGCAUGUCACCGUGCAAAUGGACUGUCCCUACUUCAUUUGGUCGAGCGCAGGCGACGUCAACAUGCAGGACAACAACAACGUGGUGCUGCUGAGCUACCCAGACCCCACCAACCCCACCACAGGGGACCUUCAGUACACGCGUGUGCCGCUGACCCGCAAGUAUGCGACUGGCGACGAGACGUACGCCUGUUACACCUUCUCCACGGACAUCAACUUUCUGGCGCCCAGCGGCCAGCAGGCCGGCUGCUACGCCAUCGAUAUUGACGCCAAGGCGGUGUCCAUUCGGUCGACCAAAGCCUCCAACUCCGUCACGUCCGCCAACUGCACCUACCAGCCAGAGAAGAUCGGCCAGACAGACACCUUCACCACCAAAACCAUGUUCGUGAGUGAGGACCCCGCGCCGCCCAGCCCCCCGCCCAGCCCUCUGCCGCCUUCACCGCCUCCCCCGUGGCCGCCGCGCCGUCCGCCUCCCUCGCCGGUUCCUCCCAGCCCACCCCCGCCCUCGCCGUCGCCCCCGUCGCCGUCCCCGCCGCCCUCGCCGCUACCGCCCAGUCCAUCGCCGAAUCCUCCUAGCCCAGCACCGCCCAAGCCUCCCAGCCCUGGCCCCCCUCUACCGCCCUCCCCGCGGCCGCCGAGCCCGGUGCCGCCAUCGCCUUCGCCGCCGCCCAGCCCCAUGCCGCCGGUGCCGCCCAGCCCCGUGCCUCCCAGCCCCAUGCCGCCAGUGCCCCCAAGUCCGGCUCCGCCAUCGCCUUCGCCGCCCCCCAGCCCUGCGCCACCGGUGCCACCCAGCCCCGUGCCUCCCAGCCCCGCGCCCAGCCCAGUGCCGCCCAGCCCUCCGCCACCACUGCCCCCAAGCCCCACGCCUCCUUCCCCGCCCCUUCCCCCCUCACCGCCGGACUUCCCCAUCCCGCCAAGCCCCUCGCCGCCCCCGCUGCCGCCAAGCCCCGAGCCUCCCAGCCCGCAGCCUCCUGUUCCCCCAAGCCCCGAGCCUCCCAGCCCACAGCCUCCCGUUCCCCCCAGCCCCGAGCCUCCCAGCCCGCCUCCCAGCCCGCUGCCGCCCUCUCCGCCGCCCUCACCUGAGCCCCCAAGUCCCGAGCCAGGUCUGCCUCCUCCCUCACCCGAGCCGCCCAGCCCGGAGCCCAGCCCGCCACCGCCCUCACCCGAGCCCCCUUCCCCCAGUCCGGAUCCGCCCAGCCCCGCGCCUUCGCCGGAUCCUCCCAGCCCUCUGCCCCCCUCUCCCUCGCCACCGCCCCCCAGCCCCUCUCCACCUGAUCCGCCCAGCCCGCCCUCUCCCUUCCCUCCCGGCUGGCCUGCAGACCCCCCGUCUCCGCCCUCCCCACCGCCGUCCUCUCCCCCGCUCCUGCCUCCUCCGCCCUCGCCCGCGCCCCCUCGCCCGCCCUCGCCGCCGCCGCCCAGCCCUCUGCCGCCUGCGCCUCCUUCAGUUCCCAACUGCAACUGUGCGCGCAUGCAGCCGCCGGCAGCUGACGGCAGCUGCCCCAGCAGCCCCAGGCCCUACGUCAAGGUCACGUUCAAGGCAGGCGACCGCUACGACGAGUCCCUCGCCGGGAUCUCGAUCUGCGUGCCCACGCUGGGCUUUGACAACGCGACCAACAUCUACAAGGUGGCGUUCUGUUGGAACACGCAGUGCAGCAUUAUGGCGCCCCUGCGCGCCGCCUCCGCCCCCGUGCGCGCCUUCCUCACAGCCGACGCCGGCCCCGCCACCGCGCCCGCCAACCACCUGUCCGGCGCGGCGGUGGUGCUGACCACGCUGUCGCCGGUGUGCGCCAACGCCACCAACACGCUCGCGCUGCUGGGCGGCGUGGGCACCUACGGCUGGGGCGCCGCGAACAGGCUGCUGUCCAUUCCGGAGCCGGGUGUGGCGAGCGUGGACGUGGAUGUGAAGAUUGCUGACAUUGGCACCUGCGACGACGACUGGGUGGUGGCCGCGAUCGUGGUGGUGACAACCGCCGUCGCCACCACGCCGCCGCUGCCUCCCGCCGCCUGCCCCUGCUGGCAGCGCACGCUCAACGGCACUUGCCCCGGCAUCAAGGUGCCCAUCCUGCUGGAGACACAGGACAACUGGGAUAAUCGGGGCAUGUCCGUCAUGCAGUGCAUCGACCCCGCCAACUUUGACAUCUACACCGGCCGCAUGGCCUACAGCUACUGCUGGCGCUACGCCUGUCUGCCGGACGUCUUCUCCACGCGCCCGUUUAAGGCCACCUGCAAAGACCUGGAGCGCUGGAAUAUCGCCAAGAUGCAGGGCAACUUCACGCUGUUCAUGCAGCGUACGGAGGGUGUGCGCAUGACCGUCACAGGCAAGCCCAAGGACGCCGCCCUGCCCAACGUCGUGUACGACGCCAGCGACGACGGCACGGUGGUCACACUGCCGCCCGGCGGCGUCGGUAACUUCACAUUUGAGUACAUCAUCCCGCCCGGAUUUGACGACCUGUCCGCCGCAGUGGUGAUGGAGACCGGGCCGCGCCCGCCGCCGCCGCCCUCGCCCCCCGGGCCGCCCGGCAGCAGCUGCGCCUGCCCGCUGCGGCCUCUGGAGACCGUGGGCGGCAGCGCCACGACGUGCAACAGCACCUUUGCGACCAUCAAGAUGGAGGUGGUGAACGACACCAGCGUGCAGCCGGAGUACCGCUGCACCUCCUGGCCCAACUACGACCUGCUGCUCCAGGACAUGGCUUGGAGCUACUGCUGGCGCUACGACUGCCUCCGCACCGACUUCUGGGGCAAGGCCUACACAGCCACCAUUGAGCAGGUGACCAAGCACAACAUCGCGCAGAUGACGCCGGCGCGGUACCAGCUCAUCCACUUUGUGGCCCCCUACGGCAUGACCAUCACCACAACCUUCUACUUUGCUGACGCCGCCAUGGCGCCCGCCGCCUGCAACAGCACCGUCGGCAGCCCCGUGGUCAGCGGGCGCGUGCAGGAGGUCACGCUCAUGCCGCUCUCCAACCUCACCAUCCAGUUCUACAUCCCAGCCGUGUGGGGCAUCGACGGCAUGGCCGCGGCGGUGGUGCUGCGCCACAUCGACGGCACCGACAUCCCGCUGCCGCCGGCACCGCCCUCGCCGCCGCCGGCACCGCCGGCGCCGCCGCCGCUGCCCGCCACCGAGGCCAGUGUGUUGGUGACCACCGACUUCCUGGUGCUGGCCUCGGUGCCGGUGGCCGCACUCACCUCCGGCAGCAGCAACGUGGUGCAGAGCGGGUACUUUGUGACGCUGCCCAUCAAGUUCUACGACUUCCUGGACAUGCCCGACUGCGGCGACGCCUCGCGCGCCGCCAUGCAGACCAAGGUGGCCGCGGCCUUCGGCAUCGCCAACGCCUCAUCUGUCACCGUCUCCUGCCGCUUCGCGGCCCCCGCCUCCGACCAGCCCAUCCUGCGCCGCCUCAUGCGCGCCCUUGCCGACGGCCUGCACCGCGUGCUGCAGGCUGCAACCGGCGGCAACGCCGCACCUGCUACCGAGAAGGUGGUGGUGACGGCCGGCGUGUCUACGGCUGUGGACUAUUCAAAGGCGCUGAGCGCGGGCUGCACCAAGCUUGAUUCGAUCGUGUCUGGCGACAGCGCCUGCGACACGGCCGGCGUGGCCACCUAUCCGCGCGUGUCGAUCACCACCAGCCUGCCCGCCACCGCCGCGGCGGCCGGCACCGGGUCGCUGUGCGCAGCGCUGACGACGAGCAAUGCGGCUUUCAUCCAGUCGGCUGCGGCGGUGCGCAGCACCGCCGUGGUCUCCAACGGAUGUACCGCCGUGUACCAGGCCGGCAAGGCCGCCACGCCGAGUGGCAGCGGCGACGGCAGCAGCCCCAGCGGCGGCAACGCGCCGGCACCCACGCCCUCGGCCAGUGGCGGCAGCAACGGCGGGCUGGGCACGGGCGCGGUGGUUGGCAUUGUGGUGGGAGCCAUCGGCGGCGUCAUCCUGGUUGCGCUGGUGGCGGUGGUGGUGCGCAACCGGAUGGUCACACGCCGCUCCAACCUGCUGUUUGUGCGUGCCGACGGCCGCGUGGCGGCCGCCGGCGGCGCGGAGACCAGCGCCGCCGCCAGCCGUAACUGGGCCACGCUCGGCGGCCGCAAGCCAUGGCGCACCUACUCCAUGCAGGAGCAGGAGGCGCAGGCGCGCUCAGGCAGCGCCCCCAUUGCCGGGGUCACGCGUUACUGAUGGACCUACACAAUGAUGUGAUUGACUUGCAUGGCAUCCUUUGUUUCAAGCUAUGCACGUAUGUGCCAAGGUAGAGAGGCGAGGCAGGUCUGGCUUGUUGUUCGGAAGACUGAUGCGAUGAAGACACCGUCAUGGAGGAUAGUGGGAGGAUACUGGAAAGUUUGAGAAGCACCCACUACUUUUACGCGGGGUGCGGCCGUUUGUGCCGCACCUCUGGUGAUCAGAACUGCACUAAAAUGUCUGAUUCUCCUACAAGGAUAGUCCCUGAGCCCCCACGCUGAGCCCUCACCAGCAACACCUUUGAUGUCGGGUGUUGUGAGGGUGCGGGCUGCACGCUGCAAUGCGUGCCCAGCAGACACGCGCUUCCCGUAAUUCAAAUGCAUUCAUGGACGUGCCCAUGCGUGUGCAUGUGAUUGCAUUGCAAUGCUACUAAGCUUACACUGCGGGUGGAUGCAGUGCGAGGUUGCUGCGCACGUGUUCGAGUAAAGAGACGAACUACCGCUGCCGGGCGCAAGGCCCGCCGUAUGCCUCUCCGCAUCUGGACGUCAGCUGCUUCAACGUGGCCACCAGGGAGCACGUGGUACAUGCACCACUUCACUGGCUGAUUGCAAUCUGCUUGGCUUGGCUUUUUUACGUACUUGCCUCCGCACCGCAAGGUGAUCGCUUGGCAAGUACUGAAGAAGAAUUGAGUUGCUCCUGUGUUUGCGCGUGUGUAUGGUACAUCAAGGCAACCGACUUACGCUAUGCUUCACACACACGUGCUGCGGCGCUGAGAAGCAUGCGCCGCGGGUGCAGCUUGCGAGUAAGGCCUUCUAUGGUGUUGCCCCUGAGUGCGGUACUUGCAAACAUUGGUAGACUUGAGCGGGACUGUUGACGGACGGGAAUUGAUGGGGCAACGCAUCCAGUGCACUUUCUUUCAGAGUGUUGGUCCGAUGCAUUUUUUGCAUUUUUUCCAUUUCCUCCUGCCACGCACGUGUGCUUUUAGGUGUUGCGACUCCUUGACGCAGGCGGGGCAUACGGCAGCUGCUGCGCCUCUGCGCCAUCCAGCCUGCUGGAGGAGUAGCUGAGGGCGUGGGCAUCGGCAUUCGGGCGUGAAGCCAUUGUAUCUUCUUGGAUUUCGCUGACCGUUGAAACAUCCGGUCGGGUGCAUGAUAUCGUGAUGCUGUAACAGAGCAUCCUU